UUUCAGUAUUUAGUAUUUAUUAAUUAAGUAUUUUUUUGGUUUUUGUCAACGGCCCCAUUCAUCCAUUAUGGUUUUUUAGAUGUCCACACAACGAAAUCAAUUGUGAUAUUAAAGAAAAUAUUGUUUCUUCAGAAAAAAAUCAUGGAUUCGGUUGAAAAUAAUGACGCCAACCGUGACGAAUUAAUUAUACAACAGCAGCGAGAAAUUGAAAAAGAGAUUAGCGACUCAACACCUCUGGUCAGUGAGCAAUUGCCGCUUAAUUGUUUACAAGCCGAAUAUAAUGGUGAUGAGGUCUUUACAGAUAAGAUACAGGAACUAUUUAAAAAAUAUAAAUUUAUUCGGCGUACUCGUCCCGAUGGUAAUUGUUUUUUCAGAGCAUUUGCCUAUUCGUAUUUGGAAUAUUUAAUCACCAAUAACAGUGAUUAUCAGGAAUUCCAAAAACUUGCCGAAGCUUCGAAAGACAAGCUUGUAGAGCUCGGUUUUCCAAGUUUUACACUAGAAGACUUCCAUGAAACUUUUAUGGAUGUAAUCAAGCGUGUUUGUCCCAGCCAUUCGGAAACAACUGAAAAAGUUAAAAACGAAUUGCAUGCACUAUUUAACGAUCAAGGGUAUUCCGACUAUGUAGUUGUUUAUUUACGUCUCAUAACGUCUGGGAAACUUCAGGAAGAUGCUGACUUCUAUCAGCAUUUUAUUGAAGGCGAUUUUUCAAUUGAAGAAUUUCGUCACCAAGAAGUCGAACCCAUGUACAAGGAAUCAGACCACAUACAUAUCAUCGCGUUGUGUACAGCAUUGGGAGUUGGUGUGCGAGUUGAGUACCUAGAUAGGGGCGAAGGAGAACAAGUUAAAGCCCAUGAUUUCCCUGAAGGAUCAGAUCCAAAAGUGUAUCUUAUAUAUAGACCGGGACACUAUGAUAUAUUAUAUCCUAACUGAAGUUGACAUGGAAAACUAUGCCCAAUACAAAUACAUAUUUUCCCAUGCUCAUCAAUAAGCAACUAUAGUGCAUAAUACCGUUUUAGACUUUAGUCAACUAAGUCAAAUAAGAAAUAUAAUAUUCUCA